UUUGCGCAUGCGCGGAUGAUUGUGUCGUCCAGUACCAAUCGUAUCGUAAAACGCAACAUAGCAGUGUGGUCUCUAAGUCUGCAUUAAUUAUUUUGUACUUAUUCGUCAGUCGUAUGAAAACCCAAACUUUAUUAGUUCUUCGUGUCAGGAUUAACUCGUCUCAGUGAACUUUGAAGCGUCUCUUCUCAGUCUGAGCUUGCUGGCUAGCUUAGCUUACUAGUUAGCUUAGCUUGUUAGCUGCUAACAAAGAGACGCGGAAGUGAUCAAGACAUCGCCAAGAAGAGAUCAAGUACGUCUGUGAAGGACAUCUUCUCCCUGAGCAACAGUAGUGGAGCUUCAGGAUGGUGAAGGAAGAGCCACAGCCCAUUCACAUUAAACAGGAAGAAGAGGCACCACAGACACUGCACAUUAAAAAUGAGAAGGAGGACCCACUCACCCCCCAUUUCAAAGAGGAAGAGGAGGCGCCAGAGACCCCCCACAUUAAGGAGGAAGAAGAGGAACAAAGCAUCUGUCAGGAGGGAGAGCAUCUUGAAUGUUUGGAGGAGUUCCCAGUGAUUGGUGUGAUUGUGAAGAGUGAAGAUGAUGAGAUCAAAGGUGAAAGUGAGGAGAAGAGAGAGGCGGAGCCUCCAAGCAGCAGCUCAACUCAACACAUGACAACAGAGGCUGAUGGAGACCACUGUGGAGGAUCACAAGCAGACAAGAUCUUAGCUCCACUAUCAGAUAGUGACGACACAACGUCUCACUCUCCUGACACUGAUGAUGAAGACUCUAAAGAUGAUAAGACAUGUCACACUGACAACACACACUUGACAUGUUCUUACUGUGACAAAACUUUUAAUCACCAUUGUCAUCUGAAAGUACACAUGAGAACACACACUGGAGAAAAACCUUUUUCCUGCUCAGAAUGUGGUAAAGGUUUUGUACAAAGUGGUGAUUUGAAAGUACACAUGAGAAUACACACGGGAGAAAAACCCUUUUCCUGUUCAAUCUGCGGUAAAUAUUUUGCCCGAAGGCAACAUUUGCAAAUACACAUGGUAAUACACACUGGAGAAAAAUCAUUUUCAUGUUCAUUGUGUGGUAAAUGUUUUAUACAAAGUAGUGAGUUGAAAGUACACAUGAGAACACACACUGGUGAAAAACCAUUCAUGUGCUCAAUUUGUAGUAAAAGAUUCACACAGAAGGCAAAUUUGAUCAUGCACACAAGAAUACACACUGGUGAAAAACCUUAUACAUGUUCAAUAUGUGAUAAAGGUUUUGCACAAAAUCAAUCUUUGAAAGCACACACGAGAACCCACACUGAAGACAAAACAUUCAUGUGCUCAAUUUGUAGUAAAAGAUUCACCCAGAAGGCAUAUUUAUUAAGACACACAAGAAUACACACUGGUUAAAAACCUUUUAUGUGUUCAGUAUGGGGUAAAGGUUUUACACAAAGUCACUGUUUUAACGCACACAUGUGAAUACACACAGGUGAGAAUGUGUAGAGUUGCAGUGUGUGUGGUGAAAGAUUCUCUUCCAAUUACCAGUGUAAGAAACACUGGUGAGAACAGCAGCGGCAAAUGAAGCUGCAGGAUUUGAAAUAAGCUGUCAAGUCUUAAACUUUCUAACAAAAUUAGCACAUAUAACAUAUGUGACAUCAUUGUUGUGUGUGUAACACAAUCUUUCUAAGACGAUUCAUUCAUAAACUAGAUACUUUAGAUUGGUGCGUUUAUUUCAGUCAAGUACAAUAAUAUACAACAUUGUGUACUUUUAUUUAAAUAUGAACAUAAUUUGACUGAAAAGCUGAGAAUAAACAUUACGAAACAUGUUGUGUAGAUAUUCAUAAUUAACUUUUAUAUGUACCGUAUUUUUCGGAAUAUUAAGUCACAGUUUUUUUCAUAGUUUGGGGGGGUGCGACUUUAACUCAGGAGCGACUUAUGUGUGAAAUUAUUAACACAUUACCGUAAAAUAUAUUAUUUAGCUCAUUCACGUAAGAGACUAGACGUAUAAGAUUUCAUGGGAUUUAGCGAUUAGGAGUGACAGAUUGUUUGGUAAACGUAUAGCAUGUUCUAUAUGUUAUAGUUAUUUGAAUGACUCUUACCAUAAUAUGGUACAUUUACAUACCAGACACGUUCUCAGUUGGUUAUUUAUUCCUCAUAUAAGGUACACGUAUUCAGCCUGUUGUUCACUAUUCUUUAUUUAUUUUUAAAUUGCCUUUCAAAUGUCUAUUCUUGGUGUUGGGUUUUAUCAAAUAAAUGUCCCCCAAAAAUGCGACUUAUACUCCAGUGUGACAUAUAUAUGUUUUUUUCCUUCUUUAUUAUGCAUUUUCGGCUGGUGCGACUUAUACUCCGGAGCGACUUAUAGUCUGAAAAAUACGGUAUUCAUAAUACUUUUGUAUGUUGUUUUUUUUAAUAUAAUGAAGCUUUACAUAUUCGUAUUUCUAAUUGUAAAUGAUUCCAUAGAUGAACUCAUUUAUAUGAUAUACAUAUUUUUUUUUACAUUUGUUCAUACUUUUGCUUUUGAGUACACAUAAAUCGAUCUUAGUUCAUAUUUACUGGUUCACAUCUGAAACAUCUUCUGGACCACUUCUGGAAGCAUAUUAUUAUUUACUUUAUACAUCAUUUGAGCAGUUGUGUUUUAUACAAGAUCAUUUACUUUUAAAAUGUGUGACAUUAUGAAUCAUUUUUUGGGUCUUAAUAAUCCAUUCUAUUAAUGAUCUUUAUAUCCCAACAGGGACAAGCGGUAGAAAAUGGAUGGAUGGACUUUCUCUUGUAAUAUGAAUAUUGUUUUGUGAUUAUUUUAUAUGUAUUUCCCCAGACGUUUAUGCAAUGAACAAUGUAUGCUUCCAACAAAAUUUGGGAA